CACGAAGAGAAGGUAAUCAGUCGCGGUGGGUCGUGUGUGAUGCGAGGCAUCGUGCGACGUUGAUGUUGCGUGCGCGUGAUUUGCGUCUGUGCGCGUCGUUCAUUGUCAAGCAGCGAGAACAGCAUUUCAGCGACGAUACACACGCGGGAACAUGAUCGAUUCGGGAACUCGUGACAACGACAACGUUAUUCCGCGAUCAAUCCGGAUCGAGUAGCGACGUCAUCCGCAGUGGUGGAGCAGGCUUUUGCUCGAAUUUAAAGUGCUCGCGUGCAUACGUGCGUGCGUGCGUGCGUGCGUGCGUACGUGCGUGCGUACGUGCGUAUCAACCAGCGGCCAAUCAGCCAACCAGCCAGCGUUGGAGACAGCGGACUCCGCGCGGCGUGCCUUUGGCGAUUCCUGAAUCAUGGGAUCGAGAAGCAACGAGACUCGUAGCUGUGGGAAUCACCGUUGCGCCCAAGACAUGGCUUGCGACCGCGCCGAAACCGACUUUGAGUUUACGGUACCGCCGGAGGCACCGGUGUUUGAGCCAAGUAACGACGAGUUUCACGACCCCCUCGCUUACAUCGCCAAGAUACGGCCGAUCGCCGAGAGGUCUGGCAUCUGCAAGAUCAAACCACCACCCAAUUGGCAGCCACCGUUUGCCGUGGAUGUGGACAAGUUCAAAUUUGUUCCGAGAAUACAAAGGUUAAAUGAAUUAGAAGCCAAGACCAGGAUAAAGCUUAAUUUCUUAGAUCAAAUCGCAAAAUUCUGGGAGCUUCAAGGUUCCUCCUUAAAGAUCCCACUUGUAGAACGUAAGGCACUGGACUUGUAUUCCUUACAUAAAAUAGUCACGGAUGAAGGUGGUAUAGAAACUGUGACUAAAGAAAGAAGAUGGGCAAAAAUCGCUAAUAAACUGGGUUACCCAUCUGGACGAAGCGUAGGCAGCAUAUUGAAGAAUCACUAUGAGAGAAUUUUAUAUCCCUUCGACGUUUUCAAACAAGGAAAGACAUUGUCAGAUAUCAAAAUUGAACCAGACUCGGAUGUAAAUGAGAAGAGGGAUCGCGAUUAUAAACCACAUGGCAUAAUAUCUCGACAGCAAAUUAAACCACCAAACGAGAAAUUUUCAAGGCGAUCUAAGCGAUUCUCAGGGCAAGAAGAGAAGCAAGAUGUAUCAAUCAAACAGGAGGAUUGCAAGGAGGAAUGCGACUCGGAUAACGAAUGCAAGGAUAAGGUUAAAAGCAGGCAUCUUGGUUGUGAUACAGAUAAAAGCAAAGAACUUAAGAAAUUACAAUUUUACGGACCAGGCCCGAAAAUGGCCGGUUUUAAUACCAAAGAGGGAAAAAAAUCCAAUAAAACGCGCGGCUUGAAACUCGUUUAUGACUUUGAUCCCUUGGCAAAAUAUAUCUGUCACAAUUGCGGGAGAGGCGAUAAUGAAGAAAAUAUGUUGUUGUGUGACGGUUGCGAUGACAGUUAUCACACAUUUUGCCUUAUGCCACCAUUGACGGAAAUACCAAAAGGUGACUGGCGAUGUCCCAAGUGUGUCGCGGAAGAGGUUUCAAAGCCGAUGGAAGCAUUCGGCUUUGAACAAGCACAGAGAGAAUACACGUUGCAGCAGUUUGGAGAAAUGGCCGAUCAAUUCAAAAGCGACUACUUUAAUAUGCCUGUACAUAUGGUCCCAACAUCGCUAGUAGAAAAGGAAUUUUGGCGAAUAGUCUCGUCCAUCGACGAAGAUGUAACUGUAGAAUACGGUGCCGAUUUGCAUACGAUGGAUCAUGGGUCCGGAUUUCCAACUAAAACCAGCGUUAAUUUAUUCACUUGCGAUCAAGAGUAUGCCGAAUCUUCAUGGAAUCUAAAUAAUUUACCAGUCUUACGUGGAAGCGUUCUAGGCCACAUUAAUGCCGAUAUCAGUGGCAUGAAAGUUCCUUGGAUGUACGUUGGCAUGUGCUUCGCGACAUUUUGCUGGCACAACGAGGAUCAUUGGAGUUAUUCCAUUAAUUAUCUACACUGGGGCGAACCAAAGACGUGGUAUGGUGUGCCGGGGUCUCAAGCGGAACGCUUUGAACAAUCCAUGAAAUCCGCCGCACCGGAGCUGUUUCAUAGUCAGCCCGAUCUGUUACAUCAACUUGUCACUAUCAUGAAUCCAAACAUAUUAACGAGCGAAGGAGUACCGGUCUUUAGAACGGAUCAACACGCGGGUGAAUUUGUCGUAACAUUUCCGAGAGCGUAUCACGCAGGCUUUAAUCAAGGUUACAAUUUUGCAGAAGCUGUCAAUUUUGCACCUGCAGAUUGGCUUAAAAUCGGACGAGAAUGCAUCACACAUUAUUCAAAUUUAAGGAGAUUCUGUGUGUUUUCUCACGACGAACUAGUUUGUAAGAUGUCACUAGAUCCGGAUUCAUUAGAUAUUGGAGUCGCAACCGCCACGUAUCAUGAUAUGUUGCAAAUGGUGGAGGAUGAGAAGAAAUUACGAAAAAACUUGCUAGAAUGGGGUGUGACAGAGGCGGAACGUGAGGCUUUCGAGCUUCUACCAGAUGACGAGAGACAAUGUGAAGCAUGCAAGACUACCUGUUUCCUGAGUGCGGUUACAUGUUCGUGCCACAGCUCGCAGUUAGUUUGUCUCAGACAUUUUGCUGAUUUGUGUACCUGUCCACCAGAAAAGCAUACGCUGCGUUACCGAUAUACAUUGGACGAGUUACCAAUCAUGCUGCAAAAAUUGAAAUUGAAAGCUGAGUCAUUUGACUCAUGGGUGACUAAAGUAAAGGAGGCGAUGGAUCCUAAAAACGACAAAAUUGAACUAAGUGAAUUAAAAGAACUUUUGAAUGAAGCUGAGAACAAGAAAUUUCCAGAGAGCGAACUGCUAACGGCUUUAACAACCGCUGUGCAAGAUGCCGAGAAAUGCGCGAGUGUUGCACAACAGCUAUUAAACAAUAAACAACGUACAAGAACUAGGCAAACAGUUGAUACCAAGUAUAAACUUACUGUAGAAGAAUUGACACUUUUCUAUAAAGAAAUAACCAAUUUGUAUUGUGAACUUAAGGAAUCGGAUGGCGUAAAGUUUAUACUCGAUCAAGUAUUACAAUUCCAAAAAGACGCAGCAGAAUUGGAAUCCAAAGAAGAUGAUUGCGACAUUGAGAAAUUAGAGAAAUGUAUCGACUUUGGUGAUUCUAUCUGUAUUGAAUUGCCUCAGUUAGUUCGGUUGAAACAAAGACUAGCACAGAUGCAAUGGCUAGAAGAAGUGAAAUCCCUCCAAGAUGAUCCAAAAUCUGUCAGUCGCGAAGAAGUAGCCAAAUUGAUCGAAAAAGGAAUGACAAUACCACCUCAUUUUAGUAUCGAAAAUACAUUGUCAGAGUUGCACGCGUUAACGAAGGCGAUCGAUAAAUGGGAAGAAAAAGCUAAAGUAUUUCUGAAUACCAAAAAUAGACGAACUAUCGCGGCCGUAGAAGAAUUUAUUCGCGAAGCAGACGAAGUUGAGGCGUAUUUGCCGAGUUUGGAUACUCUUCAAGAUAUAUUGAACAAAGCAAAGAAUUGGACUAAACUGAUCGACGACAUACAGGCGAGAGAAAUCUUUCCGUACUAUGACACUUUGGAUGAUUUGUUAAGAAAGGGAAGAAAUAUCCCUUUGCAUCUAGAUGCUCUUCCAAUGUUGGAAUCUACUCUCUCGCAAGCGAAAACAUGGAAAGAAAGAACCGCAAGGACAUUUCUAAGGAAAAACUCGCAUUAUACGCUGAUGGAAGCUCUGUCGCCGCGAAUCGGCGUUGGCGUACAAGCGAUGAAAACUAAGAAGAAUAAAGGCGAUGAGUCUGUAGGUGCCGUUUAUGUCUGUGAUACGAAAUUGGACGAUUCUAGCAAUUCAGCGAACGUAGUAGCUGCGUUUAAGCUAGCGGAACAGCGUGAAAUGGAGGCGAUGAGAAGUUUAAGAGAAAGAAACUUGAUGAAGAUGAAGGCAGAAGUAGAAGAUUCGAAGUAUUGUGUUUGCCGGCGACCAAGAUUCGGCAUUAUGCUCCAGUGUGAACUUUGCAAAGAUUGGUUUCAUACAAAUUGUGUGCCUUUGCCUAAAACAUCAUACAAAGGUAAACCACCAGGGCCAAGAGACAUGAAAUUUUUGUGUCCGUGUUGUUUACGUUCUCGAAGACCACGUUUGGAAACUAUAUUGGCUCUCUUAGUAAGCCUUCAAAAAAUUCCGAUUCGAUUGCCAGAGGGAGAAGCGUUACAAUGUUUAACAGAACGUGCGAUGAAUUGGCAGGAUCGAGCGAGACAAGCAUUGGCUACCGAAGAGAUCUCGUCGAUACUAGCGAAACUUUCAGUAAUGUCACAAAAAUUAGUGGAAGCUGCGGCGAGAGAAAAAACAGAAAAGAUUAUCAGCAGCGAGUUGAAAAAGGCAGCUAAUAAUCCCGAACUGCAUCAGAGAGUGCAGGCUAUCGCUCCUCUUAGUGGAGUGCAUUCGGAUGAUAGCACACUUAGUACUGCUGAUGACGAUGACGAUGUUGUUACCUUGGAUGAUGAACCAACAUGCAGUACUUUUAAUAGCAACGAACAUGCAUAUUCAUAUAUCUCGAAAAUUCGACGAAAAACUCAAACAAAUGACAGCGAGUUAUGUGGCAUAUUAUCUUCUAAUGCGAGAUCACGUUUGGAAGAACUUAUGAUGGAAGGCGAUUUAUUAGAAGUGGCAUUGGAUGAAACGCAACACAUAUGGCGUAUCUUGAGUCAUAUGAAUAGUCACAACACUAUGCGGAAAUACAAGUCAUUCGAAGAAGUCCAAGCGAAUAUCAAUCAGGAGAUAAAGGACGUGAAAAAACGAGGUAGAAAAAGGAAAUCAGAGGAUUUUGAAUUACUUAAAAAAAUGGGACGGCAGAAAAUCGAUGAGAAAAACAUAGUUAAACGUAGCAAAAGCGGUGGUCCUAUCACUAUCAAGGAAAAGAGGCAGAGCAGUUCGCCGAUUCCCGUAAAACGUGGACCUCGAAAGAUGAAACGUAAGAGUGAGGGCGAAGAAGGUCCUAGAAAGCGAGGCGGUAAUCGCACAAAGAAGACCAAGCAAGAAAGUUCGGACGAAGACGACGAUUGUGCGGCGGUUAAUUGCCUGCGGCCUAGUGGUAAGGAAGUUGAUUGGGUUCAGUGUGAUGGUGGCUGCGAAGGUUGGUUCCAUAUGCAUUGUGUUGGAUUGGAUCGUACAGAAAUUGCGGAAGAAGACGAUUAUAUUUGUAGCAACUGUAAAGAAGCCGAUCAAAAUGCAUCGUCGAGAUCCGCGCCAGAUCCGGCUGAAUCAUUAGGCCUGGAUGCACUUCUUUCCCUUUCUCAGCCUCAGGGAUACCACGGCAGCACCACCGACACAGAAGCGGGUGUCUAGGAAAACAACAUCCCUCGUCCUAGGAUUCAUUAACCCACUUCGUGUCGUCUGUUAGCUCUGCACGAGGAGCGUUUGCGAUAAUUGCGACUCGAUCUACGAAUUCGCGAUGCAAACUUAACGUUAAUCGUCAUCGAUUUUCAUCAUCUACCAAAUUAUCGGCAUCGCAGGUCAUUAUUCAAUUAAGUACAGCUUAUGAGCGAAUAAGCGAACUUAAGAUGCAAAGUAUUAUUAAGCGUAGUCGACGGCGAUUACACUUGGUGAACAAUUCCUACCAACUGCGGUUUUCAUUUGUGUUUGCGGGAAUUAUAUGUUUAGAUGCUAGUAGAUGCAUCGCUAGUCACUCAUCGAUCUGCAUUUAUAUCUGAUCUACGAAAUUUUCGUUCACGAGUAGGGACAACGCUGCACAAUGCAUAUCAGAAAAUUAUUUUUGUGCUUCCACAUACAUGUGCGCGUGCUCUCGGAAUUCAAUUGUACGAGGAUACCAGCGCCCGUUUUAUCUUAAUACGCACGACUGCGAAAAUAUUCGUUUUAUUUCUAUCUGUAUUGUUUCGUGGGAUUGCUUUUUCCUCUUUUUACGAAAAAUCAAUCGAUUUCAUUUCACCUCGACAGCGGACAAAUCACGGAUGAACCGUGAUGUACGCUUUCUUUAUAGUUUUGUAAUCAAUCCGUAGAAAGGAAUAUUAUUUCUAUUUUUUAAUCUUGUGUAUAUCGCUCCUUUAACCGAAUAAUAGAACAGAGCAGUUUCUUCUGCGAAGUAAUUAACGAUUACAUAAUUUGCAGCGAUCUUAACAACACGGUCUAUAGUGCGUGUUAUCUUAUCUAUUAACAUUGGAAAUAUCCUGAAAUCGGAAUAAAUUAUAAGCCGAUUAACCGAAUGAUACACUGCAGAGAUAUUUUCGAUGUAGUGAUUUAUCGCAAUCAAGCGUUCCAAUACGUGGUGUUGCGCUAUAAUGGCGAAGUAUCUAUCAAUCUUUUGUAUCGGCUUUAAAAUGUCUGUGGGGCGCACAAAGCGACAAGCGAGGAUUUUCCUUUGCGCCAAUUGUAUGUACAGAAUAGACUGAGAGAUGUGUGUAUUACGAUUAUUAGAUAUAUACAUAUGUUAGGAUAUUAGAAUAUAUCAGAAUAUAGAGUAAAUAUAUAAGCUAUAGUUUGUAUAAAAUAAAAGGAAACAAUUAAGACAAGCAGAUAAAUAGCAUAUCUACUCUGCCUUCCCGAAAUAAUAAUAAUUGUCAAUUUUGCAGAGGCUAAAUAGUUCUAUCGUACGUUUUGUGUUUAUAUUCUUUUCUCAUUCUAUAAUUCUCUCUACAAUUUUCUUUAUUAUAUCUUCUCGGCGUCUUAUCAUCGUUAUUUUCUAGCAGUAAUAUUGAUUCUGUUAUCAUUAUGUUCCUUGACUUAAAUUAAAGAAAAAUAAUAAAUAUCUUUCAUGUAAAUAUUCACA